GUCGCUUCGCCCUCAUCAUUCGCCUCGCUGCGCACCUCGUUGUUUCCUUGUUCCCCCACGAACGUUCAAGAUAGAGUCCUCAUAUCUCAGUCAACCCGAUCUCGACAUGGCAGCGGGCUGGAAGUCUCUGCAAUCCGGGCUAGCGAACCUCAAUUUGGGGCAAUCAGCGAACAAACUGACCCGCGGUUUGAGCUCGACCGUGCAGGCAACAAAGGAGCGACUGGGCCAGGUCGCUGCUGAAGACAUUACCGAGCUUCCUCAGGAAUACAAGGAUCUUGAGGCCCGCGUGGAUACACUCCGUCAAGCGCACCUCGCCCUGCUCAAGAUCACGAAGGUAUACGAGUCCGAGACGUACGACUACCCUGCCGCAAUCCAGGAGUCAAUCUCAGAGUUGGGAACGACUAUCGGCCAGGGGAUAACCAACUUUGCCGCUGCCAACCUGAAGGGUACGAACCUGCCCGCUCCCGCCCCAGUGACGCCGCCGGCCCACCAGCACAAGACGCUCCCGCACGCGAUCGGCCGCGCCGCCACCCAGGCAGCGGCGACUCUCCAGACGGCCCCUGGUGCCGAGGCAGAUAAGUUCGGCAGGGCGCUCGCGGACUACGCCUCUGCAUGGGAGAAGAUUGCCGAUGCGCGCGUCGCACAGGAUACGGCGAUCAAGACAGAGUUCCUCGCCCCCUGGCAGAUUACACUGUCGACCUCCAUCGCAGUCGCCGUGAAGGCGCGCCAAGCAGUCCGCGCAAGCAGGCUGGAACUUGAUGCCGCAAAGCAGACUCUCAAGACUGCCAGUCCAACGAAGCAGGAGGCUGCGCGCAUCGAAGUCGAGAACGCUGAAGACGAUCUUGUGCAGAAGACAGAGGUCGCGAUUACGCUUAUGAAGGCCGUGCUGGAUAAUCCGGAGCCCCUCAAGAAUCUCAAUGAGCUGACCAAGGCUCAGGCAAGUGACGCUUCACUUCGAGGCACAUCAUAUACUUACCUCUUCAUUCCACAGCUGAUCUUCUAUGCCUCGUCGGCAGAAGCGCUUUCAAGCGUACAGGGUGAGAUUGAAGAGCUGAGCGUCGCAGCUGACGGCGAGUACCGGAAGUCACGCGACCACUGAGCGUGCCCUCGCGUGAAGCCUAUCCUGUUCACCGAUAAUGACAUUUAAGAAGCUGUAAUAUGACUUGGGAACCCCCAUGGACCGCGUGUAUCUACGUAUCCAGACUGUUCUCUCUAUUGUCUCUGUUAAGCACUGGAACGAGUAUUGUAAGCCCAGGAUAUGCAUGCCUUCCCCUGUGCAGGUUGGACUCUGCUGUAUACCGGUACUCUCUUGCGCAUAUGCAUCGUGCACAAAUACACAAACUUGUGAGACGCGCGACACGCUUUUG